AUGAGUCGCCAAUAAGAAGAUGAACCCUAUCACAUGUUAGCCAAUGAUAAACGCCUUAUAGAGUAGAGCACAUGCUAUCCCAUCAUCUACCUAGCUGAGUAAAACAUCCCUUCUGGAUAGGUCAUCUUCACUCAACUUGUUGGACAUGUUCAAAUUAAAGAACUUUAAAACAUCUUGAGACUUUAGAUCUCCAUUGUUUUAGAAAUUUUGUCAAACUCAGCAGAGUACAAGUUCCAGUGGUCAGCUAACAUGCUUAAAAAUUAUUAGGUAUAGAAAAAUCAGCAUUCCUAACCAUUUGUAUCUACAUAAAGCGAGAUCUUUGACUCCUCGAAAUUGAAUUUCCUGUACUUUGAGACCCAUCUAAAGUAUAAAAAAGGAUCAUUUAUGCAUAAGAUGAGUGAUUUGAUUAACCACUAAAUCUUUUUUUUUGAUCUGGAAACAGACAAGACAUAUGCUUAGAAAGGUUUUGAAUCUACCUUCGAAUUAUUUAUGUUCAACAAUUGUUUAAUGAGGGCCCAAAAGAAUCUCACCAACCUCACUUUUAUUCCAUAGAACUUACUCUUAAAUAAUGGUGAGUAAAGCCCAGGAGUUGCCUUGAACCUCAAAUAGAAAUUAGAAAUAGCAACUUAACUUAGUAGAAUGAAUGUUGAUGUAUGCGAAAGUGGAUUUCCUGUAGCCUCGAAAGGAGAAUUUGAAGCAGUUAAAGCAAUUGCAUAAUAAGUAGGACCACUAAAAUAAGGGAGAAAUAAGCCAAUGAUAAUAACAGGCUUAAGCAGAGCUAUUAAAGAAGAUAUUAUUCAAUGCUAUGAAGCAGUGAAAGAAGCACCUUUACAUCGAAUUCACACUUUUUUAGCAACUUCUGAUAUCCAUUUGAAACAUAAACUUAAGAUAACAAGGGAUUAAUGCUUAGAAAAUGUCUAUAAAGGCGUGAAAUUUGCUUCUUCUCUAGUUGAAGAUGUUCAGUUUUCAGCUGAAGAUGCAAGCAGAUCUGACCCAAACUUUUUAGUUCAAGUAUGCUAAGAAGCUAUUAAAGCUGGUGCCUCAACUAUUAACAUAUGUGACACGGUAGGUUAUACAACUCCGAUAGAAUAUUAAUAGCUUAUACAUUUUCUGAUUAAUAAAAUACCAGAUGGAGAUUAAGUAGUUUGGAGUACUCACUGUCACAAUGACCUGGGCCUUGCUACUGCUAAUACACUCGCUGGCAUUUAAGGAGGAGCAAGGCAAGUAGAAGUAACAGUAAAUGGAAUAGGUGAAAGAGCAGGAAACGCAGCUCUUGAAGAAGUAAUAAUGGCUAUUAGGACAAGACCUAAACUGUUUCCUAUUAAUGUUGAUCAUUUUAUUAGUUCAGAAAUUAUUGAAGCUAGUAGAUUAGUUAGUGCUCAAACUGGAAUAUUGGUUCAGGCCAAUAAAGCAAUAGUGGGAGCAAAUGCUUUUGCACAUGAAUCUGGUAUUCAUUAAGAUGGACUUAUUAAGCAUGCUGGAACGUAUGAAAUAAUGAGCCCUGAAAGUAUUGGCCUCCCUAAGAGAUUAAUUGUAAUUGGAAAGCAUUCUGGGAAGGCAGGACUUAAAUAGUGUGUCAAUGACCUUGGUUAUAAUAACCUAAGCGAAAAUCAAAUUUAAGAGCUUCUAACUAAACUAAAAAUUAUUGCAAACGAGAAAAAGGAAAUAACUCAUGCUGAUAUUGAAACUCUAAUAAAUGCAGAGUUUGAGAAUAUUAAAAGAUAAUGA